AUGAGUUGCGGUGCUUGCGUGUACCGCCACGGAACCAGCAGAACCAGUCAUAAUGUGGCCGACGACUAUCUUGUGAUUCGGAGAUGGAUAGCCGACGAUUCUGUGCUGUUGAUCAACGAGAAUACCAUUCCCGAGACCGGCGUGCCCCGGUUCAAUGCCAGCGUCGAUCUCAUCAUGAUGACCAUGUUCUCGUCCCUGGAGCGCACGGACAAGGAGUGGCUGUCUUUUGGGGCGCGCGCCCACUUCAAGGUCGUCAAGGUGUGGCGAGCGGAUAACCAGGGGGCUGGAUCUAAUGCUUUGUUUGAGGCUGUUCCUGUCUAG